UCCCCUAUAUAUACCACACCCCGUCAGUCCCAAUCACCAUCCAUUCCUACUGUUCCCGCAUCACCCCUCCUCUCCUCACUUACGUCCUGCUCGCUAGCUCGAGUCGACGCUUCAGGUAGCCAUGGCAGCCACGAUGAAGCUCAGCACCCUUGGUUAUGCAGCCAGCAUGUUAAGCACGGGUUUGUUCGAUGAGCAGUUCCAGAAGUUGCUUCUUCUCCAGAACAAUAGCGACCCGAACUUCGUUACCGAGACCAUAACCAUGUUCUGCGAGGACGGCGAGCAGACCAUUGGCGAGCUCACCAAGCAGCUGGGCAAGCAAUGCGUGAACUUCGACGAGGUAGCUGCUUUUGUGCAUAAGCUUGAGGGCUGCAGUGCAAGUGUUGGUGCUAAGAGAGUGAAGAAUACGUGCAUUCAGUUCCUUGAGUUUUGCAAGGAGAAGAGCAGAGAUGGGUGCCUGAAGACACUGGAUACCCUGAGGGUUGUUUUCUAUGAAGUGAGCGGCAAGUUUAAGGAUAUGCUUCAGCUGGAGCAGCAGCAAGCUGAAGCAACAAAGUGA